AUGGCCUGCUAUUUAUCUGUUUCUGGUGUUCCCCAGGGCCUCGAGGAUGAUACUGAGGAUGUGUCCCUGGACUUCGGCAAUGAAGAGGAGCUGGCCUUUAGGAAGGCCAAGAUCAGGCACCCCCUGGCUACCUUCUUCCACCUGUUCUUCCGAGUGAGCGCCAUCGUCACUUAUGUGUGCUGUGACUGGUUCAGCAGGAGCUUUGUGGGCUGCUUUGUCACCGUGCUCCUCCUCCUGUCCUUUGACUUCUGGUCUGUGAAGAAUGUAACUGGAAGGCUCAUGGUGGGUCUUCGAUGGUGGAACCAGAUAGAUGAAGACGGGAAGAGCCACUGGAUAUUUGAAGCCAGAAAGGUCUCUGCAAACCACACGGCUGCCACUGAGGCGGAGGCGCGCAUCUUCUGGCUGGGUCUCAUCAUCUGCCCGGGGAUCUGGAUCGUGUUCUUCUUCAGUACCUUGUUCUCCUUGAAGCUUAAGUGGCUGGCUCUGGUGAUUACUGGCAUUUCCCUCCAAGCUGCGAACCUCUACGGCUACAUUCUCUGCAAGAUGGGGGCCGGCAGUGAUAUGAGCACAGUUGCAGCCAGCUUUCUGUCCCAGGCGGGGUUUCAGACGGAUUCCCCAGGUGACUUCGAGAAGACCAGGCUGGAAGGGCUGGACAUCCACCAGCACCAGGUAAGCGGUAGGUGCAGGCCAGAGGCUCCUGACCUCGGCUUCAGGCCUGGGUGGGCUCUCUCCAGUCUUCCAAGUUGA